CUGUGGGUCUAUAGUGUUGUGUUGCACUCAAUAUAUAUCUCUGUCUAUCUCUAGUGGCUAUUAGCCUGUAAAGAUUCUGUCAUAAACUUAUUAGUAAUUCCUCUUUGCACUUUUGCAAUUCUUGAUAACAAAUUAGCCCAAAAAAUUGCUCCUCUCAGUCCAUGGCAACUUUGAUAGCCAAUAGAUUAUCAGAGGAAAGAGGCAAAUUGGUCAAAACUGCAAUAUUAACCAUGGAGCUUCUUCUCUUAUCAACAGGAUUUAUCUCUACUUUCUUCAUGCUCAAAAAGGCUAUUAGACCUAGUUACUUAUUUAACAUGUUCUUCGUUAAUUUAAGUGAAAUCUUGAAUUAUUUGAAGAGUUUCUUGUCAUCUCCACUUUAUAUUUGCCUAUUCAUCAACUCUGUUGUCAUCCUUAUUUUGACUUUCUCUAAAUUUCACCACCCCACAAUGGAAUUUCUCAAUGUUUUUCUAGAUGAUCAAAAGGAGAAUAAUAUUGCUGAUGAUCAUGAUGAUAUUCAGAUUCAGCCACAACCAUAUCAUCAUGAAAUUAAAGAGGACGAUAAUAUGCCGAAAAGAACUAGUUCUGUUAUUGCAAUGGAUACUGUUAUGUCGUUUUUUAGUCGUUAUAAUUUGGAUCCUGUUGUAUUAAAAGAAACUGCAAUUGAAGAUGAGAUGAUCCCCUGCAGUGAUGUCGUGAAAGACAUUGAAAUUGAUUGUGUAACAAAAUUGUCUUUUCCAGACGUAAGUCCUUUGACUGAACCACGUCAAAUCGUUAGUCCACGGUCACCAAAUCGAGUACCCGAUACAACCAAUUACCAAGAAAUGGUGAUGAAUCAAGAAGAUAUUGAAGAGGAUGACUCAAUGGACGCGACAUGGAAGGCGAUCACAGAAGGAGGAAACAAUAAGAAAAAGAAGAAACAAGUACUAAAGAAGAGUGAGACAUGGCCAAUUGAGCCACCAGUGACAUCGGCACAAAGCAUUGGUUCAAAGGACUUGUUGCCAUCAGUAGCUGCAGUUUGGAAAGAAUUGCGAAAAUCAGUGACAUUUAACGAAACUUUAUCGAUGUUUCGAAGAGGGGGUUUAAGAGGGGACAUUUCUGUUAGUACAGAGGAAUCCAACAAGAGAUUUGAUGAUUUCAUAAAGAAGAUCAACCAUGAAAGGCUGCUCCAGAGGCAAGAAUCCGAUCAGCGUGCCUUCAAGAAUAAUAGGCUAAAUCGGGCACGUUAAUUAAAAAGUGGAAGCCCAGUGCACUAAAUUUUUGCUAUGUGUGGGGUUUAGGAAGGGCUAAAUCACAAAGAUAUAUUAUACUGUAUUGUAUUUCUAUGAGAGAGUGAUUUCACAGUCUAUAUCUGUGACCUUUUAGUCAUAUGAUAACAACUUUAUCAGUAAAUAAUUAGGUACAAUAACUCUUUAGUAAUUUACUAUGAUGUUGUACAGAGCAAAUUAAAGCCACUAUGGGAGGACUUCUUUUUCAUUUUUUCACUACUAGUAAUGUACUAGUGUAUGUACAACAGUUUGCACUUUUGUGCAGGUGUCAGAUUAGUUUUACCUGGUUUGUUUCUCUGAAGUAUAUCAUUUGCAGUAUUUUCAGUGGGAAAUUUUUGCUCUAGCU